AGAGAUCGAGUGACACGUGUGAUAUGAGUGCAGGACCGUUUGGUAGGUUGAAUUUGAUACCUUCGCUACCUCAUACGGGAUCGUGAAAGUGACCCUUGCGUCAAAAUCGUGAUAAGACACUUGACAUCAAAUAUCAUUUUAACGACGAAUAUCAACAGCACUGUAAAACCAUUUCACGCUCGGUAAAAACAGGAUCGGGUGAGGUUGUCUUUCAGGAUCGUUUAUCUCAGCGAUUAAUUGUAUAAAUUUCAAUUAAAACUAACAAAGGCACAGAACUAGGCCUUCCUCAAGAUUCACAUCAAGCGCACUUGCACCCUAUUCAACUGUCGACCCAGUAACCUUGAGUCGAUUGACCUAUAAUAGUCCAGUGCCAGGCAAAUGUAAACAUCCCUCAGAACGCACGGCGCACCAAGUCACUCUCAUUUGUUCUAAACAAACCAGUGAGCCUCGCGUUGACAGUGUGGAAGCGUGUGGAAAAACGAUCAAUUAUGUCAAGGAAAUUCACUCGUCCAAGCUAAAUGAUCAACACUAGACCAACAUGCAUCAGAGUUCAAAAGGGCGACACAUUUUUCAAGACGCAGAAGUCGGCAUAUUUUGGAAAGGAAAAUCGAUAAAAUGGGCAGACCCAUACGGCCUCAGGAGUUAAAAGCUGUCUCCCAGUAACCACUCAAAAUGAGUGGCCUAGGAGGCUAUUGCCACUCUGAGUUCUGGAACACAAGCCUGACAUGGGACGCCGACGUUCCCGACUUCACUCCCUGUUUCGAGCGCACUGUGCUGGUAUGGGUGCCGUGUGGCUUCCUCUGGCUCUUCUCGCCAGUGGAGACUCUCAUGGUGCUCCGAUCCAACGACCGCUUCAUACCCUGGACCGUCCUCAACAUCUGCAAAUACCUGUUCGCGUCUGUGCUGCUGAUUUUGCAGCUGGGCGGUCUCAUCUACGCCGUCACACAACACUCCAGCGACCCGGACUCUAUACGAUCAGUCGACAUCUACACACCCGUCAUACUGUUCGUCUCAAUAGCAUUGGCGCUGGUGUUCAUGCUGUUUGAAAAGCGGCGCGGCAUACGAACGUCAGGCGUGAUAUGGGUGUUCUGGACGCUGCUGGCGUUCUGCGGUAUCGCAGAGUUCCGCACACGCAUCAUGAAUGCCACAGGCGAUGAGAGGGUUGACCAGGACACGACGCCGUUCGUGCUCUACAUGAUCUACUUCCCAGUGCUGUUUGCCGAGUGGCUGCUCAACUGUUUCGCCGACGCGCCUGCGCAGUAUGUCGAGGAUGAGAUCAAGGGAGACAAACCGUCCCCGAAGGCGAGCUCGUCCUUCAUCAGCAACAUCACGUUCGCGUGGUUCGAGCCGAUGGCGUUCAGAGGUUGGCGUCGCUCGCUGCAGCGGGACGACCUGUGGGACCUGAACCCUGCCGACCGGUGCUCCAAGAUCGUACCCGUCUUCAACAGCCACUGGUACAAACUGCUGGAGAAGAGCCGAAGGGAAUUUUGGGACCAGUUCGGCCGAGCGCCGCCCAGAGUACAGAAAGUGGAGUUCACCAAGACCACCGACGACGUGGCCUUCAGCGGCCAGAAGCGCGCCUACAAGCGCGCCUCCAUCCUCCCGGCACUGAUCAAGACGUUCGGCGGCUCGUUCCUGCUGGGUGUGCUCCUCAAGUUCAUCAACGACACCCUGCAGUUCAUCAACCCGCAGAUCCUGAGUAAGAUCAUCAGUUUCGUGAGCGACCCUAGCCAACCGUCGUGGCACGGCUACUUCUACGCCGUACUCAUGGUGUGCGUCAACAUGCUGAUGUCUGCUGUGCUCAACCAGUACUUCCUGGUGAUGAUGACCCUGGGCAUGCGGGUCAGGACGACACUCAUCGCCGCCGUCUACAGGAAGGCCCUAGUGAUCAGUAACCUCGCCCGGCGCGAGUCGACCGUGGGUGAGAUCGUGAACCUGAUGGCCGUGGACGCUCAGCGCUUCAUGGACCUGGCCUCGUACAUCUGUCUGCUGUGGUCGGCGCCCUACCAGAUCAUCCUGGCCGUCUACUUCCUCUACCAGGAGCUCGGCCCCUCCGUGUUCGCUGGCCUGGCUGUGAUGAUCCUACUGAUGCCCGUGAACGGCUUUAUCGCCAACGCCACCAAGAAGCUGCAGCUGCAGCAGAUGAAGUACAAGGACCAGCGUGUGAAGCUCAUGAACGAGAUCCUCAGUGGCAUUAAGGUGUUGAAGCUGUACGCGUGGGAGCCGUCCUUCGAAGAACAGGUGCUCGGCAUCCGUCAGCAGGAGAUCCGCGUGCUGCGGAAGACGGCUUACCUCAACGCCGGCACCUCGUUCAUCUGGACCUGCGCUCCAUUCGUGGUGACGCUGAUCACGUUCGCCGUGUACGUGCUGACGGGCGACGACGUCGACCCCCACUACCUGACGCCCGACAAGGCGUUCGUGUCGCUCUCGCUGUUCAACCUGCUGCGCAUGCCUCUCAGCUUCCUCCCCAUGCUGAUCGUCUUCACAGUACAGGCCAACGUGUCGCUAACGCGUAUGAACAAGUACCUGAACAGUGACGACCUGGACGACCAGGCCGUGUCUCACGACACCACCGAGAGUGAUCCGGUGGUGGUGGAGAACGGCACGUUCACGUGGGACCCCGAGUCGACGCCCUACCUGCAGGACAUCAACAUGCGCGUCAAGGAGGGCAGCCUGGUGGCCGUCGUGGGCACCGUCGGCUCCGGCAAGUCGUCUCUGCUCAGCGCGCUGCUCGGAGAGAUGGAGAAGGUCGGCGGACGCGUCAACACCAAGGGCAAUGUGGCGUACGUGGCGCAGGAGGCCUGGAUCCAGAACGCCACGCUCAAGGAUAACAUCCUGUUCGGCCGCACGCUGGACGAGGACCUGUAUAACCGCUGUGUGGACGCCUGCGCGCUGCGGAGCGACUUUGAGAUGCUGCCCGGCGGAGACAAGACAGAAAUCGGCGAGAAGGGUAUCAACCUGUCUGGUGGCCAGAAGCAGCGCGUGGCGCUGGCUCGCGCCGUCUACAGUAACAGUGACAUCUACUUCUUGGACGAUCCGCUGUCGGCCGUCGACUCACACGUCGGAAAACACAUAUUCGAGAACGUCAUCGGGCCCGAGGGUAUGCUCAGCAAAAAGACUCGCAUUCUGGUGACGCACGGCAUCACCUACCUGCCGUACACGGACACAAUCACGGUGCUGAAGGAGGGCCGCGUCUCGGAGACGGGGCCCUACAAGCAGCUGAUGGACAACAAGGGCGCCUUCUCCGAGUUCCUGCUCCAGUACCUGACAGAGGCCGGCGAAGACGAGGACGUAGAGG